AGCCUCUCAUAAAAAAAAAAGCUGUGCUUCCGAUAAUCAAAUUCUUAAGACAAGACAUAUUAAAAAAAGUUUAUUUCAACGGCAACUAUCAAAAGCAUCUAGGUACCUGGUCUUUUAAUUCACAACAUGAAUUGCCAGCGGUUCCUUCGGCAGGCGGCGACGAGAACGACAGGGUUCGGCACUCGUCGCUUUUCACAAUUCUUCCCUCCGAGUCCUGCCCAAGCUCCUCGAGGAGCUAUUCCCUUACCGUAUAUCACAGAAGUUACUUCUGGCGGUUGGAGAACAUACGAUAUCUUCUCUAAGCUGUUACAAGAACGAAUUAUAUGCCUAAACGGGGCUAUAGAUGACAUGGUAUCGGCUUCGGUAGUGGCCCAACUACUGUGGUUGGAGUCUGACAAUCCAGAUAAGCCAAUUACCAUGUACAUUGACUCACCUGGCGGCUCUGUCACAGCCGGGUUAUCUAUUUACGAUACCAUGACUUAUAUCCGUUCACCGGUAUCGACGGUGUGUCUAGGGCAGGCGGCUUCUAUGGGCUCGUUGCUGCUUACGGGAGGUGAGAAGGGAAAAAGAUUUGCCCUGCCGCACAGCAGCAUCAUGAUCCACCAACCUUUAGGCGGCACACAGGGCCCCGCCAGCGACAUUUUGAUUUAUGCAAACCAGAUACAGCGCACGCGUCAACAGGUCAACGAAGUUUACCGUAAGCAUCUAAAUGCGGCGUUUGAUCAUGAGAAGUAUAGUCUCAAAGAUGUGGAGGAUAUGAUGGAACGCGACAAGUACCUGACGGCUCAAGAAGCGAAAGACAUGGGCAUCGUGGACGAGAUUCUCACGAGAAGAGAUGAGAAAAAGGCCGAGAAAAAAGAGGAUAAUAACGGCACAUGAGAAAUAUCCACUAAAUUCAAGACCCGCCAUGAUUGAUCAAUAGAUUACCUUAGGUACCUAAGUACGAAUCCGAGACCCCUCCGCUACCUACUAAGAAACACCGGGAAAAGAUCGGAAAUGGCAUUUAGAGCGGACAAGUACGAAGUAGAAGUUAGAACUAGUUAACCUAAGGAAACUCCCCCUGGUUUCUUUCACAUGCCGGCAAUUCUGAACCGCUUGGGUAUCGCCCUACGGAAGCAGUAGUGAAAACUGACCCUCACGAUUACUACCUAACCUAACAUAGUACGAUAGGUUAGGUGCUUAGAGAUUACUUACUUACUGUGUCAGCGGGUUCGCAGACAUGGUGCCAUAUUCUCAUACACCAAUUACACAUUUAAACGUCCGGGAUAUGUGUACCCUGAUCUUCGGAACGAUAACUUCUAAGCCAUGUGGCCCGCUUCCAUACAUACGACACUACGCAACCGCACCGCAGACGUACAUAAACGCAUGUGUACAUUGAUAUCCCCCUGUGUCGUGCCCGUGUGUCGUGCGUACUUAGU